GGGAGUUCCUGACAGCUAGAAACUAGAAGAAUUAUGAGCUCACCUUUGGCCUCCCUUGGCAAGACCCGGCGAGUGCCUCUGCAUUGGGAGCCUGUGAAUCUGGGGAGGCGAGGGAUAAAAAUUUACGGAAAUGGUAAGUGUGGGCUCUGCCCUCGUGUCCUCCUCAUGUCCUUCGGUUGGGCGGAUGGAGAGAAAGAACAUGAUGAACUCCCGUCAGCCAGAGUGGCUGGCCAACUGCAGUUGGCUGCAGUUGCAGCUCUCGGAUUUGGACACCCCACACCCUUAGUGGAGAUGUCAUCACUAACAUUUGAACCCCUCCACUCACUGUGGGGUUGGCCAUGAGGGGGCAGACCCCAGCCCUCCUUCUCCGACAGCCACCUGCAGCCCGUUACAGCCUUUUCUCCCUGAAGCCCAGUCCUCAUGUUGCUGCCCUGCCUCCUGCAGGCUCAGACCUUUGCAUCCCAGCCCCCCUUUAGCCCCCACCGUGGUGCUGGCAUUGGCCACCCAGGUCCCCCCAGGGAGCCAGGUUGGGAGAACUCCAAGAGGGCUGUUCUGGUUGGAUCCUUGCUCUCCAGCGUCCCGAGUUUUCUAUCCUCCUAUGCUGAGGGGACAGAGAACAGGCUGCUUCAUCUUGACCAGGGCCCAGGGCCCCCGUUUCGCCUGGGCUUCAGCCCCAGAGCAGUGACCUGGGCAUCCCUGUCUGCAGAAGAUGAGGUGGACGUGCUGAAUGACGCGCACGGCUCAGAAGAAAGGAUCUCUGUUCCUUCCUGCUAUGGUGGCAUAGGUGCCCCUGUGAGUAGGCAAGUCCCUGUGUACCACGACUCGGAGUUGAUGGCCACCAUGGCGAGGAAAGUGCGGGAUCUGGAGCAGCAGGUGAAGGCCCAGGCGGAUGAGAUGCUCUCCAAGGAUCGGAAGAUACGGGCCUUGGAGGAGCUGGUGAAGACCCUCCAGGAGCACCAGGGCACGGUGACCCUGCAGCGGCAGGAGGAGCUGGAGACCAUGUGCGCACAACUGCAGCGGCAGGUUGGGGAGAUGGAGCGGUUCCUAGGUGACUACGGCCUGCUGUGGGUGGGCGAGCCCAUGCAUGAGGAGGACUCGGAGGAUGGCGAGAGGGACUGGAUGACAGCCAAGAAGUUCUGGAAGCCAGGGGACUCACUGGUACCCCCCGAGGUGGACUUUGACAGGCUGCUGGCUAGCCUGAAGGAUCUCAGUGAGCUGGCGGUAGACAGUGACACCCAGCUGACACCAAUGCCCAGCAGAGUGCCACGCUGUGUCCUUGAGCCCAUCCCACUGAAGCUCUACCGGAAUGGCAUCGUGAUGUUCGAUGGGCCCUUCCGGCCCUUCCAUGAUCCUUCCACACAGCGCUGCCUCCGAGACAUAUUGGAUGGCUUCUUUCCGUCAGAGCUCCAGCGGCUGUACCCUGACGGGGUCCCCUUUAAGGUGAGUGACCUGCGCAAUCAGGUCUACCCAGAGAAUGGGCUGGGCCCGUUCCCAGGCGAGGGCCGAGUGGUAGGCUGGCAGAGGAUUCGAAAGCCCUUGGACAGGAUGGAGCACCCAGGCUCCAGGAUGACCGCCGAGAAGUUUCUGAACAGGCUGCCCAAAUUUGUGAUCCGACAAGGCGAGGUGAUUGAUAUCCGAGGCCCCAUCCGGGACACCCUGAAGAACUGCUGCCCAUUGUGUGUCCAGAUCCAGGAGAUCGUGGUGGAGACGCCUGCCUUGGCUGCUGAGCGUGAGAGGAGCCAGGAAUCUCCGGAGUCACCCACGCCCGCGCUCUCCACGCUGCGCAUCAAGUCCGAAAAUGGCGAGCAGGCCUUCCUGCUGAUGAUGCGGCUGGAGGACACAGUUGGUGAUGUGCGCACUCUGCUUGCACAGGCCAGGGCCGUGGAGGCCACCACCUUUGAGAUCUUCAGUACGUUCCCGCCCACAGUCUACCACAAUGAUGCUCUCACGCUGCAGGCCGCGGGCCUGGUGCCCAACGCCACGCUGCUGCUUCGGGUGCGCCGGGCUCCGCCGCCCGCCCCCGGCCCCGAAUAAAGCGCCCAGCCCGACACCGGCUGCUCUGCGAGGCUCUCUUGGCAGGGCAGCCCAGCAGCAC